UGUCUAAUAUUAAUAAUUAUACCUAGGUUUCAGGUUCAUCAAGCAUUUUCUUAUUCCUUUGUAGUGCAUUGGAAUGGAAGAUCAGGGUCAGCAGCAGCAGCAGCAGCAUCAAGUGGAGGCAAAGAGUCCAAGGCAAGGCACCGAGAGGAGUGAAGCGGUUCGGUCAAGGUGGACUCCAAAGCCAGAACAAAUCCUCAUACUCGAGUCCAUCUUCAACAGUGGCAUGGUUAACCCUCCAAAGGACGAAACCGUCAGAAUAAGGAAGCUUCUCGAGAAAUUCGGCGCCGUCGGCGACGCCAACGUCUUCUACUGGUUCCAGAACCGCCGCUCCAGAUCCCGCCGCCGCCAGCGCCAGAUGAUGCAACAGCAGGCUACUGCCACCGCCACCGCCACCGUCACCACCUUUGAUCACCCUCAGCCUCAGACUCAGACUCUUGUUAAUGUUGGUGGUGCAAUUCCACAUGAUCACCACACCUUGGGAAACCUUGUUGUUGCAACUGAAAGUAGUGCUACUUCAACCAUGGGUUUUGGUUGUUCUUCUCAAUCUUCUUAUGGUUUUCUUGGUUCCUCUUCUUCUUCUUCUUCUUGUGGUGGUGGUGUAAUUGGUGGCCAACAACAAGGCAUGGAUGGUUUCUUCUCAUCGGUUUCUUCUCAUCAAAUGGGUUUCCCUGAUCACCACCACACUUCACCUGCUUCAUCAGCUUUGUACCCUCCUCUUGAUCCAAAUUUGACCUACCAGGCUGGAUAUGGGGGCCCUAAUAUUUCAGGAUUCAUUACAGUGUUUAUCAAUGGAAUUGCAACUGAACUUCCAAAGGGGCCAAUAGACCUCAAAACCGUGUUUGGAGAAGAUGUAAUGUUAGUUCAUUCCUCUGGAGUUCCAAUUCCCACCAAUGAAUUUGGGUUCUUGAUGCAUAACCUUCAACAUGGCGAUAGCUACUUUCUGGUAUCAAAGCCAACAUAAGUAUGAAAACAUCAACCUAGCAUCAAUGGAAGCUUCCGUUUAGUGUUUCUCUGAUUGCCUUUGUCUGCUCAGCAUGUCCUUUUAACUAUUUCUUCGUAAUUUCAUGUGUCUCAAACAAUAGACAUAAUAUCUAUUGUGUGAUUAUAGAAGUCAAUAUCUAUAUAUGUACCUUAGCAAAUAUAUAUACUGUACCUUCUUAUCUUUGUUUUUAGCACAAACAUGUUUUUUUCAAACUCUAUAUUAUCAUCAAGUUGUGUAAAUUAAGCAUAUAUAUAUUUGGUUUCGCGUUUUAGUAUAAGUAA